UCAUUGAUUGAGUGACACAAACACACAGACUCUGUAUAUGUUUGUUGUGUAAAGCAAUAGAUAGACAACUGUUGUGUUGUUAUUAUUGUUGUUGUGUUUGACUGUAUUGUAUAACACAUACAACAAUCAGCUGUUGUUUUUUUUGGCCGACAUUUGAGGCCCGACUUGCGGUCACCCGAAUCGCUAUAUAUUAUGUUCACAUAAUAGCACUUUGUUUUGUUUGUUUGUUUGUCCAUCACUUGUGUGGACACUAACCGUGAAAAUACUGUAAAUAAUUGAACCAAAAAAUAUUUGUUGUUUUGUCUCAAAUGUUUUGUUGGAUUUUCUACUGAUUAUCGCAAAAGUCAAACAUUUUGUGACCACUUUCGGGGGUAAAACCUGUUGUUGUUGUGUAUAUCAUAUGUCAUAAUAUCCAUUGAAAUGGUCAACACAUCGUCAAUGUAUGAAAUACACAAACACUGCGAGACGUGUAUCCGGCCGUCCAGUUGUCGGUUAAAGAGUUGCGGAUUCAAUGGUGUCAACGACACGACGAUUACCGCCGCUGGUGGCCAAACAGUGUGUCCACUGGUCAACUGUAAUAACAAGGAUUGUCCAUUGGUUAUGCAUAAAUGUAAACUUACCGAACAUUUUCUUAUAUGUCAACACCAAAAGGUUCAGUGUCUUAAUUGGUGUAACGGUUGUCCGGUACACGUAUACCGCAAGAACAUGUCCGCACAUUUGCUACACUGUUCGGCAAACGUCAUACACUGUACGGUAGAGUGGAAUCGAUGGCCAGUUCAUACACGAGAGCGCCGAUUGACUACUCAAAUGUCAAAUGUUAUGCCGCAGUCACUCAAUGUUAACCAUUUGGACGUCGCACUGGCCCUACGCGAUCAGCGAAUGCUUCGACAGUUAUGGACAGCUGAAAAGCGGACACAACGGGCCUUCAAGAACUACCUGACACUUAAAUAUCCUGCCGUUCCCUUAAAACCCUAUCGUGGUCUACAUCUAACUGACAAAACCAAUACCAAUAGAGAACAUUCAUCAUCUCAUUCGCCAUCGUUAUCGCCGACCAACAGUCAGACCACAUCAACACUGUCCGUAUCGGAGGACGAUUCCGACUCAAGUCCGUGGGCACAACACCAGAGUCCACCGGGUCUUCAGAGUUCAGUUUGCGCUAAACUACUUGAGAACACUCAUUGCAUGUCUCAUAAUCACAAUACUAAGUGUAAUAACAUUAAAAGUAAUGCAAAUAAAUUGGAUUUUUCCGCCGUUGUUGAACCAUCGGACAGUUUGUUGGACAGCACCGCUGCCACUAAGUCAACGAUACCUCAGGCACCGGCCCUUCCACAGUGUAACUCACUGUCACUUGAUAUCAAUAUGGGAACAAUAGCUGCCUAUCAGAAGAAGCCUAAACUAAUGUAUACAUUUCGGUGCGCACAAGAGUUUCGCAGAGAUGAGUACGAGUGGCACUAUCGCAACGUUCAUAACGAUAUUCACGGCGGUAUUGAUGGAUGGAUUGAACACCGGUGUCCACUUUGGCAAUACGGCUGCAAUUUUGUACACAAACGUUGGACACCUAAACCUGAGGGAUCGGUGAUAGUGUUCAACGAAUUAGUCGAAAGUUUUGGAGUUCAAAUGCCCGAAUCGGACGCUCAAAUCUAUUGCGAUAGUCAGACAAUUAGUUUAUCAUUAUUGCCAUUUGAGAUUCUUCAGACAAUAUGUCGACAUUUGGAUAGCUUUUCGUUAAACAAUUUGUCGCUUACAAGCAAACGCUUUCGUGACGUUUGUCGCACUUUUUUGGACACAAGAGGACUCGUAUCGCUUCAAUGGCAGCGUUCACUCAAUGAGAACGGAAAGUACUCGUGGGAUGUCGGCUAUAAGAAAUGGUACUUUAGUUCUGCAUUUACACCGAUAACGUGUUGGCAACAGGACUCGUGUCAUGCGGUCACACAACACAUACAGCAGUGUCCGCACUAUGUGUGCGAACCAAAGUCCGAACCGUUUAAACUACCCGUCGAUUCCAAUGAAAAGGAGUGUAAAAAACAAUUGUGAUAUAAAUCUCGACUCGUUUUUUAUUA